AUGGAGAGGAUCGCAGCGUUGGAGAGGGAGCUGGAGAAGGCUAGAUCCCUGGAAAGUGUGAGCACCGCCAAUUGCGCGCCAAUCGCAGUUGGCCCAAGCGCAGUUGGCGCCAACAGUGGAACGUCGGGGCGGCCGCCAUUUUGGAGCGGCCAGCCAAUACCCACAUCUAACGGAGAGACCUUACAUAACGGGGUCGGGUCGGUGCCAUACAACGGUGACGGUGCGAACGGUGCGGCCUGCACGCUGCCGCCAUCUUCGAGUGGACCGCCAUUGCUAACGACUAGCAACUAUUUUAUGGAGCCACUGUGUGCAACAGGCACUGCGCAGCCAGCGCAUGGACUCGUGCUACCGGGCGUGAGCAUCCACAAUGCGGCAACAGCAUCGCCACUUGUCGGAUCCUACGCCGCGACGACGCCGAGUGGAAUCCAGGGAGCAUAUGGGCCAAGGAAGCUUCCGGACUUGCCUAUAUUUGGAGGGCAGCCCGAGGAGUGGCCGAUCUUCAGCUGUGCGUUCGUGGAGACGACCCGAGCGUACAACUGCACGGACCUGGAGAACAACCAGAGGUUGUUGAAGGCGCUGAAGGAUGAAGCGCGCGAGGCAGUAAAGGCGCUAUUGAUUCAUCCAGGGAAUGUCAGCGCCGUGAUGGAGCAGCUGCGCUUUAGGUUCGGCCGACCGGAGCAGCUUAUACGCAGCCAGCUCAACAACGUGCGAGAGGUGCAGCCAAUUUCGGAGCACAAUUUGGCGAAGAUCAUUCCCUUCGCAACCCGAGUGAGUAACCUCGCGGCCUUCUUGCAGUCAGCGAAGGCGCAGCAACACCUGGGGAACCCAAUCCUCAUAGAGGAGCUUGUGGCCAAGCUGCCAACGAGCAAGCGAGUGGACUGGGCCAGGCAUGCUGCAACGAUUGCGCCCUUUCCCACUGUAGUCCACUUCAGCGCGUGGCUACAGGAGUACGCAAACGUGGUGUGCACGCUUUUGGACGUCGAGGGAAAGGAGCCGAGGCGUCGACUUCUACAUGCAAGCGUCGACCAUAAUGAAUGCGAUCAACAGGAUGAUCGGCAUGGAGGUUGUCCCAUCUGUGGAGGACAGCAUGGAAUAUUGAACUGCAGAAAAUUUAUUGGAGCUUCGCCACAGGAAAGGUGGAGCAAUGUGAAGAGGCAUCGGCUCUGCUUCAAUUGCCUACGAAGCGGGCACACGGCUAGAUCCUGCUAUACGCAAGGUGAGUGCCAGAUUAAUGGAUGCCGAAGGGAGCAUCACCGUCUGCUACAUGGUGCGGACGAGGAGCGAAGGCCGCUGCAGCGAGGUGGCUUCAGACGCCACGAAGGGAACCAGCAGCCAGCAGUUUCCAGCAACAGCCUGGAGAGAGGAGAUCCGCGUGAAGCGGGAGCGCCCAUGCAGAAGAAUUUGAGCUGCGUUGACGCCGAAGGAGGCCAUCUACUGUUCCGUAUACUGCCGGUUACGCUGUACGGAGCGGGGCGAAAGGUGGAUACGUAUGCGCUCCUAGAUGAGGGAUCCUCCACAUUGAGCCGACGAGAUGUCCAGGGCGUGCACAGGGAUGCGCGUCUGCCGAUGAAGCCUUACAGCAACGUGGUGCCGAAGCUGCUCAUCGGCCUGGAUCACGGACAUCUGGGGUUGCCACUUAGGACGAGGCGGUUCGCUCGAGAGGGACCGUAUGCGGCCGCAACCGAGCUGGGCUGGGUUGUGUUUGGGCCUGUAAGUGGGCAACCGACCACGCCGUCACCGAGGUCCUGCCUACUUGCCGUGUCAGUGGAUGACGCGAUGGAGAAGAUGGUGGAGGACCAUUUCGAUAUGGAGAACUUUGGAGUGAAGACCGCGCCGCCGGUCGCAGCCAGCGACGAUGUUCGGGCCCAAAGGAUACUCGAAGACACCACGGUGAAAGUGGGGCGUCGCUACCAGACGGGAUUACUCUGGAAGGACGACCACGUUGUGCUGCCACCGAGCUAUGAGAUGGCGUACAGGAGGCUGGUCAACGUCGAGAAGAAGAUGAAGCGCAACAAGCCGUUGGCGCAGGAAUACGAUCGGAUUAUAAAGGAUUACGUGUCUAAAGGAUACGCGAGGAGGCUGCAGCCGGAGGAGGUCGCGGUAAGGAGCGAUCGCCUAUGGUAUUUGCAACAUUUUGGUGUCGAAAACCCAAACAAGCCCGGCAAGGUACGGCUUGUGUUUGAUGCUGCAGCCAAAGUUGGAGGAACCUCGCUAAACUCGGAGCUGGACAAUGGGCCUCAGCACUAUAAGCCUUUGCCAGCUGUGCCCUUUCAUUUCAGAGAGGGAGCCGUCGGAGAUGGCGCCUUGAGAGAUGGCGACGACGAGAGAGAUCCGGAUGUCUAUGAGAUGAACGUAAUGACGUUUGGAGCAGCCUGCUCGCCGAGCGCUGCGCAUUACGUGAAGACUAUGAAUGCCCUGAAGUAUCGGGAUUCGGAUCCGAGAGCGGUCAAGGCCAUCACCGACUACCAUUAUGUCGAUGACUAUGUGGACAGUUUCGCUACAGAGAGCGAGGCUAUCAGCGUAUCUACCCGAGUGAAGGAGAUACACAAGGAUGCUGGAUUCGAAUUAUGCCAGUUUUCAUCCAGCUCACCCACCGUGGAGACGGCUUUAGGACCUGGUCGAGUCAAGAGCUUCGGAUGGGGUGAGGCUGAAGAGAAGAUCCUCGGAAUGCGUUGGCAAAUAGCAACAGAUGACUUCAGAUUCAACGUGGAGUAUCAUCGAGUGCCAAGCAGCGUCCUGAGUGGAGAUCGAGUCCCUACGAAAAGGGAAUAUUUAAGCCUGGUGAUGUCAACGUUUGAUCCCCUGGGAUUCCUGUGCUGCCUCAUGGUUACAGCGAAGCUGCUGCUGCGAGAGAUUUGGAGGCAGAAGAUCCAGUGGGACGAACCACUACCGGAGGAGUUAAGCAAAGCCUUUGCGAUUUGGCGCAAAGAGAUGGACGCCGAGGGACAGUUCCGAUGUCCGCGCCAUUAUUUUGGGCGUGGAGCAGUCCGGGCCGUAGAGUUGCACGUCUUCGUGGAUGCUAGUCAGGCAGCAUUCGCGGCGGUGGCCUAUUGGAGGGUCACAUAUGAGGACGACGACGUGCAGGUGGGCAUCGUGAGUGCGAAGACGAAGUGUGCCCCAAUGAGAACGAUGAUGAUCCCAUGGCUGGAGCUACAGGCAGCAGUUCUUGGAACCAGGCUGAUGAACACUGUCAAGGAGGAGCACAGUGUGGUCAUUACGGACCUGGUGUUAUGGACGGACUCUAAGACGGUGCUGAGAUGGAACGGCAGCUCCCACCGCCGGUAUAAGCAGUUUGUUGGCAACCGAGUGGCGGAGAUUUUGUAG